AUGCCGCGCAGACCGAGGAUGGUCGACACCGAGAAGUGCGAGAUGCCGGACUCUCCUUCCGUCGAGCCACGGGUGGUCGUGCUGGUGGUGCUGACGCUGCGGAGGCGUGAGGAACUGGUGGAGGUAGCACCCUCUUCCGUCGAGUCCAGCAGCGGCGGCGGCGGCAACGGGGCGUUGGGCCGCAGCGGCGGCAGCUCCACGGAGUUGCUCCCCUUGCGGCGCCCAGGCAUGGCCAUGGCGAGGGCGGCUGGAGCUGCGACUGCAGGGGGGGGGGGACGCUCAGGCGAGGGCGUCGGGAAGCUGCUGACCGCGUCCUUUUCACAUCUCCCGCUUCACCGGGAGCCUUCCUGCGAGAGGCGGAGAAUUCGCGGCGAGCCGCCUGCUCUUCCCUCUCCGCUUUCUUGCCCUCCCCUUUCCCGCUCAGGCAUCGUCACAAUUUGGAUCCCUGGCGGCGGCGGGCGGCGGCGGUGGCUACCCGGAGUUAUUAUUAAAACCCCCAUCUCUGCCCAGCCUGGAGACGCUGAUUUUUCGCGUCUGUCGUCUUCUCUGCAGACCGGCGCCCGACGAACGACGGUGUGGGAAAAUGACAUAGCCGCAACUUGGAUAACUUCACAAUGAAUCAUAGCAUUGUCAUCAAGACAGAGGAACGCACAAAUACUUAUACCUGUCAAAAGCUGAAAUGGUACUAAUUGUAAGUAGAAAAUAAAGGAGGCAUUGAGCAGGAUAUGCCAAAGUCUUGUACUGCUGUAGCAAGUUUGAAAGAGUUGAAAACUGAUUUCCUGCCAGAACAUAAAUCACUAUGAUGUUCCACACAGCAUAGCCAGCGAGAAAGCCAGCUAUUAUGUUUCUCAAAGGAUAAUCGGUGCUCUUCUACUGUGAUGGAAUACAGAAAGAAGGUGGAUUCAUAGAAUGGAAGAGGGUGCAUUCCAGAGGAGUUAAAGCAACAUAGUCCAGAUUGGUGUGAGAGGAAGAAAGUGAAGACUAAUAUUUCACAUUAUAGAUGCAGAUAAUAGAGUGCUUAGUCUGGCAAGAUUUUGUCUAUAGGCAUGAAACAAUAAAGAAAGUUUGGAAGAA